AUGCAUUCUGCGAUGAUUUCAACACUAAAAUUCCGUUUACCUCAAAAGAUUCAGUUUAAUUCAAAAUUUCCAGCUAAUUCGCAUACUGUUUAUACUAAUUUCGACCGUCGUCCCAGUCGAUCUUUUGAAUCACGCGGUCGCAGAAAUCAACUGCGAUCGUGGUGGGGAAAUCGAUCGUCUAAUGCUGGGACAAGGGGAUUAUUUCAUCGUCGCCACCAAAGAGAUAAAAUAUCUGCGGAACACUUUUAUCGAACCCCGAAGAGUCAUAAGCGAUCGGAUAUUUUGUGUAUUGAUGAAUCACGUCCCGAAAUAAUUCUUAAUGGUAUCCAUUGGCGUUUUCCGAAUGCUAAGCGUAAGGCUGAAAAAAGUGACGAUGAACCGGCACAAGCAAAGAAGAAAUUGAUCCAGAAUGUAAGAGAAAAGCCAUGUAAAUCCCUAUUAAAAACAGAUGUCGUGAAGCAGCUGAAAUCUCUUCUCGGGCGAAUAUGUGAACAAAACUAUGACAAAUAUUUCUUAUUAGAGGAACGCGAUAAAAUUUUCUACAAAGCUCGAAUCAUAUCUAAUGACAUGGAGACAACGGUUGCAAUUCAGGGUACUUGUGAAGAUAUGUGUAGUGAAAAGGAAAGAUACGCUAGAAUUGUUCAAAAAAGAGUUAGUCCUUACGAGUGCAAUCAUUUGGGUGAAAUGAUUCCUAAAAUAGCCGUGAAGGAAUACAGAAGAAGUGCGGCAGAUCAGGAAGGAACCUCUUCCGCACGAGCUUCGCCCAAUUCAUGUUCUUCAUUCCACGAUGAAUUACCUUAUCGAAAAGGUGAUGCUGUGGAGUUUGAUUUACUAAGCAUUGUUGGACAUUAA